UCUAAUGCUUACUUUUGAUGAAAAAUGUUUUGGCACGCUGUAAUUGGCUUUUCAAACGGUUUGCAGAACAUUCACAGAAACCAACCUAAUAUAACGCACGACUCCAGAGGACAGAACAGGACAGGCAAAAUAGGUUCGCGGGGUGCGCGUUUCUGACGAUCACCGUAGGCUUUUUUAGGUCACAGUUGGCGAUGCUGUAGAGUUUAGCGCAUAAGAUCCAGUAGAAAGGAAGACGAGAAAGUAAUAAGCAUGUCUUCCUAAUGUUUUAAAUUUUGUUCACGUGCCUUGUCUAUGCUUCCACAUUUUGUAUUCAUGCAUACCAGGGUAAUUGCAUCGAUAACUAGACAAUAAUAUCCCUUCAAGGUAGUUUUGCAGAAGGUUGCUAAGGUGUCUUUGGUUUUUGGUUGAAAAGGAGGUCUUCAGAGAUGGACUUUCACUUUUUGUGCUUGUUUCCAUAAUGUAGCAGAAUCUUGAGGGUCAUAUAUCCCUGUAGUGUUAGCUACAAUAAUGUACAGACUAGGGCUGGUGUAAAUCCCAGUUUCCCUUUUACUUGAUGCUGUACACAUUUACCUUUGCGCUCAUAUAGAUGCCUUUCACCCCUUUCUGCUACCUCAAGGGUCUAUAAGGUUGCAAAAAUGAAAGAAAUUGUUACCAUUCAAGUUGGCGGCUUCUCAAAUUUUAUUGGGUCUCAUUUUUGGAAUUUUCAGGUGGAAAAUUGCAGAGUUGCCAUAGCCUAUCAGGUGUAAAAUCGAAUAUCCACAGGGCAGAAAGGAUGAAUUACUUGGUCGUGCAGAGGAUGGGCAUCAAGAUUCCAUUUUUAAGAGUACAGGCUUAAAUAUGGAUAUACUUUAUCGAGUGGGUGAGACACAUCAGGGCAUACCAACGUACACUCCACGUCUAUUGGCCAUGGAUUCGAGAGGCUCCUUGGGUGCAGUUCGUGCAUCUGGUUCCCUAUAUGAAGAGACAUCGUUAUCGGAUGCUUCAUCUGUUACAACUUGGGGUGGGAGUGUUGCACGGUAUAUUUCAGAACUGAAUGAAAAAAAUAAAUUCCUGCAGAGCUUGGAAGAGGAAGAUGGUGGGAAUCACCAUGACAGUAUCAAAGCUGGGAAUUCCUCCAGUGAAAUUGGCACAGAGGACAGAACACGCAUCCAAUGUUUGGAAAAUGGAGUUCAGUACUGGACAGACUAUUGUAAAGUACAAUUUCAUCCCUUGAGUUUGUAUGAAUUACAAGGCCUAUGGAAAGAUAUCACACCUUUUGACAAUUUUGGAAAUGGAAGAGAAAUUCUUACAGGGCAUUCACAAGCAGAUGAAUUAAGUGAUAGACUACGUUUCUUUGUUGAAGAGUGUGAUCAUAUUCAGGGUUUUCAAUUUCUUGUUGAUGACUCUGGCGGUUUUGCAAGUAUUGCAGCUGAUUUUGUGGAAUCCAUAGCAGAUGAAUAUGCACAUACUCCCAUUCUUAUGCAUACUGCAAGAGAUCCCAGCAGUUACACAAGCUUUCGUGAUAUGAGAAGUUCAAUGACAAGGGCACUUCAUGAUGCUAUCUCUUUUGUCAAACUUUCAUCCUUUAGCAGUCUUACAGUACCAGUGGGGCUAUCUUCAUUGGCUAAAAGCCAAGCUUCUCGGUUCCUUUGUAUCAAUGAUUCUAAGCUUUUCCACUCUAGUGCUGUUUAUGCAUCUGCUUUUCAUACUGCAACUCUUCCAUUUAGAAUGGGAGUAUCAGGACCAUCAAGCAUCACAGAAGUUGAUCUUGGCAGUUUGGACAUGGACACGAUGAUAAGAAACCUUUCACAUCAAUCCAAGCAGCACGUUGUGGCAUGUUUAGAUGCAGCAAUCCCAGCCCCUUCUGUAGCAGGUAUUCCAAAUAGAAGUGUUUUAGAACGAAGUUUGCAUUCAUUGACACCCGAUGUAGUAGAUAACUCUCCUGAUAUGGAAGGAGUUGAAACCUUAGUGAUUCAGGGAGCUUUGCGCUCAGGGCGAGGAGGUCAAGCUUUUCUUUCUGAAGUAAGAGAUUCUCUUGUUGGUGUACAGAAAGACUGUCCAAGAGGAGUGCCAAUUUGCCACUUGUCUGUCUCUCGAUGUCCACUUCCUAUACCAUUGCCUUUCCCCUGUAUUUUUGGGAAUUUCAUUGGUCAGAAUGGAGAAAUACUGUCCAGUCCCUUUGCUGGAACUCAAGGACGGGGUGGUCUUGAUGUUUUGUCAAUUCCCAUUGCUACAAGGUUGAGAUCCAGUAAAGCCAUUCUACCAUAUCUGGAGAAAAGGUUACAGAACCUCCGGAAUUGGGGAAUUGCAAGGGGUUCUCCUGGAGGCCAAUUGCUAGAAGGAUGGGGAUUGCAGAAAGCUGAUGUGGAGGAUUUAGGAGAGUCCCUGUCAGAGAUGGUGCUUUCUUUUGAUGGUACAUUGAUGGAGACUUCGUCAGAAUCUGAUUAAGUUUUUGAUUUUUUCAGAUUGCUCAAGUCGAAUAGAGACUUGAAGUAAGACUCUCCUUGUAAAUAUAUGACGACUUGAUGUGCAGAGUCUUGUGAAUGUCAUACUGCUAUUUAUUAAAUACAUCAUCCUAUGCUGCACUGAAGCAUACUAUUCCUCUCUACCUCGGUGAUUUGUUUCUCACCGUUUCCUGUGGUUUUACAAGGCAAUUGUUAUUAUUUAAUGUACAAAUUUUACAGAGCUAUUUCACUAUUUAAAUGUUAAUCAUA